AUGGAACUCUUCCGCAAAGUUCCUGCAGUGGUGCGAGCCUCCAAGGUUCAAGUUCUCAACCGAGUUCGUUGGCUGUGGGAGGACCUUCCGGACGGUUACGAUUCCUUCUGGUUUUUGGACAUUUAUCUAGCGGUCGCGGCGGUUCGAUUCGUGCCAAAGAAUGUCCGACAACAAGCUGGUUGGUAUCUGUAUCAGACGAUGGCCCUCUACCAAAUGAUUAUCGGACUGCUGGACAUGAUCUACGCCUUGCAAAAUUUGACAGACGUCUUGGCCGCAAUCUGGUACACGAUGUCAUUCUUCGCGAUACUUUUGUGUCUUGUCAAGCAUUACAUUGUGCUACGACACUACGAGGCCAUUCAUGAGCUACGUAUUUUUCUCAACCAGCAAAGCUUCUGCUCAGGAGAUCCAGCAUUCGACGGUAAAAUCCGGAAACGGUCAUAUACAGUCUGUCAGUUGUUAAUCAUGACAGUUCUCUGCGUAAUUGUGCUACAACAGAUUUCAAUAUGGAUUCCCACCAGUCAACGCGAUCGAACCUUCAGCAUUCCUCCUUGGAUGAGCUCAUAUUGCGGAGUGUUUUUCAGCUUCAUUCUACAAAUUCUUUAUUUUGGAACAUUCACUGUGAUUUGGGUGUCCAAACUUUUCAGCUGCACUGUCGUUGCAUCAAUUCUCAUUAUUCGAGUAAAAACUGAACAGGAAAUUCUGGCCAAAAACUUUGAGCUGAUGAUGCAAACCUGUUUGGAAGAGAAUUUCUUUGGAAGCUACCAGAACUCUAACCGAGCUCGGAAACAAUUUUGGGAUCACACCAAAAAUCAUUUGAAAACAGUUCUCGAUCAACAACACGAAUUACUGAAACACCUUGAACAGCUGAAAUCUCUCGUUGAACCACUGUUUUUCUUCAUCUACUACGCCUCGCUAAUCAUCGUCGGAACCGUGUUCGUCGUGAUCCUCAGAGAACCGCUCUCCUUCAUGACGAUGGUCAUCCUUUCGUCAACCACAAUCAGCGCCCUGGAGUGUUACUGUUUGUGUUACCUGCUGGAUUCCUUCAAGGAUGUCAACGAAACGAUCACCGACCACAUGUUUUGCUUCUGCUCCCAGCUGCCCCACUCCGGGGAUCACCACGCGGACUACGUGGACGUGCGCGCCACCCUCAUGGUGGUGGGCUACUUUUGCCGCCACGGAAUGUCCUUUCAGUGUGCUGGGAUCGGGGACAUUUCGUCGGCGGUGUUCGCCGACCUGGUCAACAUUUCCUACUCGGUGCUGACGUUUUUGCUGAACAUGCUGUGA